AAUGUCCGAAUACCCAUCGCUGGCAGCACGGUUUAUCUUGACAGAUUGAUUUUGUUCUCGAACUGCAUCAAGUUCACGUUUUGCAUUACGCAAAGUUUAUCUGCCGGUAAAGAGUGCAAAAUAUCUUACAACAGCUCCAAAUGGCAACGCAGUUCCUAAACCGUAUUGGCCAGCUUGGUCUAGGAGUGGCCGUCAUCGGUGGAGUUGUAAACUCGGCGUUAUAUAACGUUGAUGGAGGACAUCGUGCCGUAAUUUUCGAUCGAUUCAGUGGUGUGAAACAACAGGUGACCGGCGAAGGUACACAUUUCUUCGUGCCGUGGGUUCAGCGUCCGAUUAUUUUCGACAUCCGCUCGCAGCCACGCAACGUACCGGUGGUGACAGGUAGUAAGGAUCUGCAGAAUGUAAACAUCACGCUACGUAUCUUGUUCCGACCGGUUCCGGACCAGCUGCCAAAGAUCUACACCAUCCUUGGUCAGGACUACGAUGAGCGUGUGUUGCCUUCGAUUACGACGGAAGUGUUGAAGGCGGUGGUAGCUCAGUUUGAUGCCGGCGAGCUGAUCACACAGCGUGAAAUGGUGUCGCAGAAGGUAUCGGACGAUUUGACGGAACGUGCGGCACAGUUCGGUGUGAUUCUUGAUGACAUUUCCAUCACGCAUCUGACGUUCGGCAAGGAGUUCACGCAAGCCGUCGAAAUGAAGCAGGUUGCUCAGCAGGAAGCUGAGAAGGCUCGAUUCCUGGUCGAGAAGGCGGAACAAAUGAAACAGGCCGCAAUCAUUACUGCCGAGGGUGAUGCACAGGCCGCCCAGAUGUUGGCUCGUUCGCUGAAAGAAUCCGGUGACGGUUUGAUUGAGCUGCGGCGAAUUGAAGCGGCCGAGGAUAUCGCCUAUCAGAUGAGCCGAUCGCGAGGCGUCAACUAUCUGCCAGCUGGUCAACAGACGUUGCUCAGCCUACCACAAUAACCGAGUGCCGGUUAGAAAGGAGCAACGUUGUUCCCGUUAUCUUACCUAAGUGUGUGUGUCAUUACGAAGAGUAUCGUUUAAGUCGUACGCUAUUUUCUAGUUCGGUGAAGGCGUGAGCAACGAACCACCAAUUUGUUGAGCUCUAAAAGUUCCGGCUGCGAUGAACUGUAGGCUUUUUGGAGGAUCGAAUUGUUUCAUUUGGAGGACCUCUGCCACGAUAUGAUCAUCCUGCGCAUAAUGUGCGUCAUACAUCAGUAAAGUGCAUUUGGAACAUCUGUUUAACGAUGGUUUAUGAUAGAGAUAGCAUUAGAAAGUUAUCGGAAAGGACAUCCCAGUGGACAAUCCUUUUCGUUGCACGGAAACAUUGCUGUACAGAGCAUUUAAAGAGAAGAUAAAAUUUAAAAUACAAAGAAAA